AUGUACACCAUCAAUAGUAUGUUUCCUGACUUGUUUAUUUUUGAAAGAAAUAGAUCAUGCUUCAUUGUUGAUCGAUAUACUCCAAAUAGUAGCGACGGGAGGUUAUGGAAUUGGUCUUGGUUGGAGAGUCCAAUCAUUAAUAGCAGACUUUCAGAUAAAGUUACCAAAUUACAAAAUUUAGUAAGGAAUUAUGAGUUCUCUAGUGGUAGGGAUAAAUGGAUAUGGGUGGGGGAUAGUACUGGAAUCUUCACUGUCAAAUCCAUGAGAGCUGUUUUGGAUGAGAAACUUAAUGGUAAUGUUGUGGGGCAAUCAAUAUGGUGCAAAUGGCUUCCGAUAAAAAUAAAUUGCUUCUUAUGGAGACUUUUUCUGAGGAGAAUUCCUACAAGACAGAAUCUUGGUUCUAGAGGUAUACAAUUGCAAACUGAUUCUUGCCCGCUUUGUGGAAGAGAAGUGGAAACGGAAGAACAUCUUUUUUACGUCUGUGAAAAAUCAAAAGAGAUAUGGAGAUGGGUCGAAAGAUGGUGUGAUAUAAACUCUGGCAAUCAUUCUUCUCUUGAUCAGAUUGUGGUCAAUCUGAUUGAAUGUGCCAAAUCGAAGAAACAAAGAAAAAUGAUCGAGGCACUUAUCGGGAGCAUUCUUUGGUUUACAUGGAAGGCAAGAAAUGAUGUGAUGUUCAAUAACAAAAGGUUCUCGUGGGAAGCAGUGAUGGUGGAUUCUCAAGCUAUGCUUUUUACUUGGAUUAAAUGUAGAUCUAAAUGUAAUAUUGAUUGGUCUAGAUGGGGUUGUAAUCCGUUAGCUUUGUUUUAA